CGCCCGGGGCGUCCUUGGCAUGGCGACGGUGCUGCCGGUCGCCCGCAUCAUGGCGGUGACGCCGCUGCCUUCAGGGCGCACGCGCCGCCUCGGAGGGUUAUGCCGCUGGCCUAGGCGCUCUGGGAGCCCCUCUGUCAGCCGAGAGCUGCUAGCGAUGGCGGGGGCGGGGUGGUGGCUGUGACACCAGGCUCUGAGAGCUCUACAUCUUAUACAGCAGUUGGGCUCGGCUGGGCCGCCUAGGAUGAGCCGGAGCUACUAGCCGGGGCCAGUGCCGCCCCUCCCCUGCCAGGGUCAAAGAUGGCGGCCGCCCUGAGGCGCCGCUCGCUGUAGGGGCCGUGGCGCCAUGGACGGCUUCGUGGCCGAGGCGGGCAGCGCCCCGCUGCCGGCCCUGCACCUUCCCUGCCUGCCGCAGCACUUCUACCGAGCCGCAUCUUCCCAUGAACACAAAUUAAGCUUCAAGAAGAGCAAGGAAGUGUGUUUAAGUUACAUUCAGGAUGCCAUACUACAGAAGCAGUGGAAAAGAGCUGCAGAGUUUCUGACCUUCUACGUUGAGUCACUAGAGAAAGACUAUUCUAUAGAAUACAUGGGGCCAUCAGAGAUUAUUUGGAGAAUAGGAACAGAAAUUUUGUGCAACCAUUCACAUAGCAGCAUUGGAGAAUUCAACUCUUUCAUAGAACAGAUGAAAACUUUAGGAGUAAAAAGGUAUUUGAAGGUUUGUUUAGAGCAUGCCUUCCAUCUCCUUUGUAAUGGACUAAUAGAUGAAGCCUACCAAAACCUGUCCCUGGCAGAAAGCUGGAGGUUUGGAGAACAAACAGCUGCUCAGGAUAAAGAGAUGAAACUGGUUCAGGCUUACAGGGGACUGCUGGACUACUACAGCUGGUCUAAGCAGAAGAAUAUCCUCUUAGAGUAUGAGCAGGACGGACUUGAAGACUCGUCUGUUGAACGGGAAAUGCACAGUUGCUUUCGGAAGGCAGCAAUGAGCUUAAAGGAGAUCAUUAAAAUACCUGGAGUCUGGGAUCUCUUUGUGAAAUCCUAUGUGGAUUUGUUGGAGUUCUAUGGAGACCACCAGGAAGCUCGCGAAGUAUUAAGUGAAUAUGCCUACAACUCAAAGUUUCCGGCUAAUCCCAACGCUCACGUUUACUUCUAUCAGUUCCUAAAGAGACACGGUGCAUCAAAGAAAUCACUUGUAUCUGCACUCAAGAUCUUGCAUGAUAUUGUUCCCUCUCAUGAACUAAUGAUAGACUUUAAUAUCAUGCUCCAAAAAUCAAAGAAACGAAAAAAACGUCGACUGGGGCUAGAAGUAAUUUUUGCAGCCUUGGAUUAUGCUGGCUCGAAGGAAAACGUUAAAGCAUGGAGUUGUUUGGCAAGACAGGUGAAACAAAUUGUAAUUUCUGAGAAGCAUCUUGACUGGAUCAAGGAAGAGUGGAACUCCAGAAAGGACUGGUGGCCUGCCUUCCAUUUUAGCCGCUACUUAGCGAAAAGGAAUUGGCAGGAAAAUGAAAGCCUUACGUAUGAAAAAGCUCUGGUGGCUGGAGUCUUACUAGGAAAAGAUUGUAAGUACUUUAAAUACGUAUCACACCAAGGCUGCAAAGCUCAGGUGAAAAGAUUUCGGACACUGAAGAAAUUUGUGAAUAGGCACGGUCCCGUCUACCUGAGAAUAUCUGGUCUUUGAGGUUCCUCUGUACAGCUGUGAUUAGGUGUCUUUGAGGUUCUUGCUGUAUUUGUUUUUUCUCUGUGAAACUGACUUCUGUAUUGGUACUGCUCUAAAAAGGCAGACCCUAUCAACUCAGUAGGUUUUUUAUAUAUUUGUCUUAAAAAGAAAGAUGCUUUGGUUUUUAUUUACUUCAUAAUAAAGUGAAUAUCAAUCAA